AUGGCAGUGUCAGCUUCCACCCAUUUCAUGGCUUUGGCAAUCCUUGUGAUUGUUGGGAUGAUAAAUUUUGGCUACAGUACAGUACCUGGGCAGUGCAAAGGCAACUUGGAUGAUUUUGCAGAACAAUGCUACGAGUCAGCAGGUAUAGGAGGGCCAGAAGUACAGCCAUCUGUAACAUGCUGUGAUGUUGUCAGGGAGUUCGAUAUUCCAUGCUUGUGCAAGUACCUCUCUAGUGAUGAUGAGGUGUUCGUUGCACCAGAUAGAAUUGUGUAUAUUGCGGAUUCGUGCGGCCAAGCUCUUAGCCAUGGAACCAAAUGUGGAACGACAGUAAAAAAUGGGCCAAACAAGACUUUGGGUUAA